AGGGCAGGGACAUCAAAAUACUUGAAUCACCAAUAAACGUUUAUCAUGGCGGUGUUAUUUCCCUUAAAACGAGCAUACAAAGUUUUAAGCUCAUCCGGGAGAGAGGCGUUCACGGCGGAGUUUGUAUUCCCCUUGAAGUCCUUGAUUAUAUUUCCCUGUCACAUUCUUUUAGAGUCGCGUUGAAAAAUCUAACACAGGACACCUUCAGGGUUCUUGUAGAGCCCAUGCCUAGGUGGGUCGCGCUGUUUUGACGGCAAACGGAGGACCAACAGCAUAUUAGGCAGGUGGUCGUAAUGUUUUGGCACAUCAGUGUACAUUUGUUUGUGUUCCUCGGAUGAAGAAAAAAAGGCACACGGGUAUGAGAUGGCAUGAUGUUUCAGGUCCUGAAGAAGCUGUAUGUUUUACUCAAUCAGAAACUGGAAUUUCACUUCACUUUUGCUCCAUAAUGAGAGUUUUCACAUUGGAGAAGACGUGCUGUUUAAAAUGGUGGAUGACGUUGAGGUUUCUACAGUGAAUGAUUCUUGCGCACCGGCUACUGCGAAAUAGAGAGGAAUAACCCACUUGAACGCUAUUUUUCCACUGAGAAUGCUGAUCUUCAGAAAGCUGACAGUAUCUCUGCUUGGGUGUGGCAAUAGGGUCAUGUGCUGUUCCAAAGGCUGAACAUAAAGCUGUUGGGAGCUCUCUGCAUCUAAUGCUUGAACAUCCAAAAGAAAGUUAUAAUCUGGUACAAUGGAAAUUCAAUGAUACAAUCUUUGCAGAGUAUGAUGAAACUUUAAAUUUUAAAAUACUCGCCCCCAAAUUAUUUGCCAGAAGAUUAAGGAUGAAUCAGAGUGAUCUAAGUUUAACAGUAGAAGAACUUGAAUUCCAGGAUUCUGGAAUCUUCUCCAUUGUUGCAGAAGGAAACCAUACACAAUAUGAAACAAAAUUUAUUCAGCUACAUGUGCAUGAUCUUAUCAGAGAUGUACAGAUUAAGUACAAUUCUACCUGGCAGCAUUCAAAAAACAUGUGCACAUUUCAUCUUCAGUGUCUGGUCUUUGGUGAUAUGAAUCCCUCCUAUAGCUGGAGUCGACAUUAUGUUGGGAGUGAACAAUACCUACAAUUCGAUCUCAGUCUAGAACAGAACAACACGUUCAGCUGCACAGCCAAUAACAGUGUCAGCAUCAAGACUGCAGCCGUGAACGUGAAGUGCAGCGAGGAGUCAAGUAUACCUCAGAAGUACUUGCUAAUUGCAGUAGGAACUGGAAUUGUGGGAAUUGUUAUCCUUGUUGGAAUCACAGCAGCAUGCUGCAGGUGGAGACCUAAAGGAAAAGGGGACGGCGAGGAAGGAAAAACAGUGUAUGAAGACGUGAAACCUGGUGGCAUUGCAAAGAAAGUGAAACGAUCAGAAAGUGUUGUGAAUGGGAUGUCCAUUUAUGAAACAGUGGAUGACACAAAAGUCAUAUCAAACAUGCCUCAAACUCUUUAUGACAAAAUCAACUAUGAGCGACACCCUGCUGUUGGCCCAAGCAUUUCCUCUCCCUACCAGGAAGUCCUGUGAGUUAGACAGACAAACUGUUCAUGCUUCUUUUCGAGCUCACACCUCUGGAUCUGUUUAACUGUCUUCACAUAUUUUCCAUAUGUAUUCAUAUAGGCUGAAUCUGUUGGCCUUUUAACUCUGUAAUUGGACCCUUGUAUUAAAUGUAUGUUGAAGUAAAUGUAUCAUAUUCAAACACUGUAUGGUGUAUAACUUUCUUUGCAACAAGAGGAAGUUGCAGUGCAUAGUCUGAUUAAAGAUUCAACAGCCAAAGAGCAGUUAAUCAAUGUACUAAUCUCAGUAUUAUUGUGUGAAUACAUAUUUUGAGUGACUGUAUUUUCUUUUAAAAAAUACUUGAAAAGAGAAGCCAUUCACUCUCACCCUGAAAUUGAUUUUUGUAUGACUAGUGAAUCAGCUCUAAUGGGUGAAGAGAAAAAAUGCCUUGCACUGAGUCUGUAACCAUCUCAUUCAUUUAUGGUAUUUAAACACUGAACAUGUUUAGCAUUGAAUGUAGAAGAAAUAAAUGUUUACUUAUGGCAUAUUGUAACUCAUCCAAACAGCUACUCAGGUGAGAGCAAAACAGUCAAAGGCAUAAAGAACACCCCUUGCAUUGGGGUUGGUAUUAUAAGCAUAGAAUAUUUAGCCUGUAAUAUAGAACAGGAAGUCCUGCCUUACAGGAAAUAGAGCCAAUCACCUUUUAGAUACAGACAUCACCUGUCAGUCAACUCGAGAGUGUGCAUGCACAUUAGCAUGACUAGCCUGAUAAAUGGCUUUUUAUUAUUGUUAUUAUUUGGACACCUGAACACCACACUCAUAUGUGCUUGAAGAUUUAAUUUCAAAUUCAAUGGCAAUAAUCACUCCGUUUGCUGAUAUAACAGCUACCAAUCUUAUGGGAAUGCUCGCCACUAGAUAUUGCAAUAUGGCUGAGGGGAUUUGCUUAUUGCCCAUUCAGUCACAAGAGCAUUAGUGAUGUCAUAGACUGAUGUUGGGCACAUGGCUCAUAGAUAUAGUUCAUACCAAAGGUGUUCAGAGUUGCUCAGGUCUGGGUCUUGAGUAGGCUAGUUCUUCUACACCAGACUCAGUAAACCAUGUCUUUAUGGAUCUCACUUUGUGGAGCACAAACUAAUAUUUUUAGAAGAAUAUCUCAGCUCUGUCCUUACAAUGCAAAGUCAAAACUUUGAAGCCGUAAGACUCCAAGCCUGUGGAUAUUAUGUUUUUUAGUGUAAUCUGAGGUAAAGAAGCACAAUUUAUGAGACCAUUGUUGUCAGAUUUUACUGCUGAUUUGAAAUCUGUUCUUUGAUCAUAAUCUUGACCAACUGUUUUGGAGAUAUCUGUCUUUCCCCAUUCAAGUAGAUAGGAGCUGCACUGUCAUGACUGGAAAUAGCUUCCCGAGAGCAUUAUAAACAUGGCCGACAGUGUACUGACUUGCUAGAGAGACUUUGGCUUGGUGUACCACUGCCUUCAAAGGACGCAUCCUACCUAGCACCAGCCUUUGAAACAAGACAGCCUGUAAUCCUUUUUUCUAUAAAUUCUCCUCCCUGCUAAGUAGGUGGCGAUAUGAAUAAAGAACGAAAAACAAAAUAACUUAGGAGGGUAGAGCGCUUAGGAAGGCUGUUUGAAGACAGAGAUUUAUAGUAAAAAAGGACUUAAAUAUUGAUCUGUUUCUCACCGAAACCUAUCAUAUCGCUUCUGAAGACAUGGAUAUAUCCACUGGAGUUGAUUAUUUUUAUGCUGCCUUUAUAUGCUUUUUGAGCUUUUAAGUUUUGGACCCUGUAGACUUACAUUUUAUGGACCUAUAGAGCUGCGAUUUCUAAAAAUCUUUGUUUGUGUUCAGAAGAAGAAUGAAAGUCAUAUACAUCUGGGAUGGCAUGAGGGUGAGUAAAUAAUGGGAGAAUUUACAUUUUUGGAUGAACAAUUCCUUUAAGAUUUGUUCUCAUAGAAACUACUGUAACAGCCAAACCCAUAAAUUAGAAGGGGUGUACACAUAUUUUUAUAGCGUAACCUUAAACACAUUGCAUGUUAUCACUACCGUCAUUUCCCAUCUUGCCUAUACUUUUCUUACCUCUGACAUUGUCCCGUUAGCACUAAACUGCAGCUGGUACUCCAAGUACUC